AUGAUGGAAAGAGUUUUGGUACUUACGCUGGCGGUGACCUCUUCCCUUGUGGCGUCCGAUAUCGUUCGGCCAUGCCAGCUGACGGACCUGGCCUGCAUUGGGCGCAUUCUGGCCGCCAACUCUUACUGCAACCCUUACGUGGUCGGCCGCAUCCCCGAACGGUAUACAGUAAACCAGUACAGGUUCGACGUACCGUACUUCAACGCCACCUACAUCGACAACAACCUGGUCGUAACUAACUCGAACAGAUGCAACGUCUCAGAGUUCUUCAUAAACCGUUCGACCAACAACGUCGUACUGGCCAUCGAUUGCCCACAGCUGAACUUUGCGUCCGAUCGCUUAUUGAUACAACACGCCUCGCUUCAGGAGGACCGAACCUAUAGCUACAGAAUACAAGGGACCUACCCAUUGAUCCGGUUGACAACCAACCUGCCUUACCGUAAUGGGUUGAAUCUGUGCACAUCUUUCAAUUUCGCCGACGUGGCCGCUCUGCCGACCUUCCUCCUCAACCCCAACAAUCCGCAGACAGCGAGUUACCUCACUCCGUUGACGGUCUUCGAGAGGGAGUGCUUCUUCUGGCGUGCCCCGUUGCUCGCACGCUACUAUAUAAACUCCCUAAUUUGCGACUUCGGUUGUAAUUUC